CCUCCCUACUUUCUACUACAUAGAAGUGGAGCGUCUCUCGAGCCUUAUCCCCGCCUGCCGCUACACACUUCGGGUUUUGCUCGCGUCCAUACUCCCGGUCUUUCCGCACCAGGUCUUUCAGCCAGCCACAGAUACCUCCUAAAUUCUUGGCUUAGCCAUUGUGGACUUAUUCCAUUAUGCGCUUCUCAUCCCGGGAUGAAGAGCCUGAAGACGGCGAGGUUGUAGAAGAUGACGCUGUCUGGAAAAACCCUUUGGCGACGACUAAAUAUUUGAAGGGUGCACCUUCUGUCUCGUCCUCUCAGAAAACAUCCAGUUAUAAGAAAUCCAGGCCAUCGUUUAUUCCUUCGCUCGAUCCGGCAGAUGAUGAUGGACAUCGCCCCCGACGUCCUCCACCUCCAUCACUUUCUUCUCCUCCUUACCAGCAGUCACGGCAUCGUUCCUCGUCCCACAACAGAAAAACCAUCUCGUACGAAGAUGAAGAACGAGGCUCGGGGAUGCAGCAUGCCUUGCCGAAGAACCCCCAAACAAGACAGUAUCCUCAUUCAACAGAGAUGCGAGAACCAGAGCAGCGAAGAGAAGACAAAUAUGCAAAGGAACCACGGUCUCCUCAUCGCCGUGAAGGUUACUAUUCUUCCAGAAGAGGGGACGGACGGGAUUAUCCUCCCCAGCUUGACCGUGAGCGUUAUGGACCAGCGAGGCGACUUGAAUCAGGAGGUGACGGUGGAUACGGAGACCGAAGCCGAGACAGAAAUAUGGAUAGAGGCGGAUAUAGAGAUAAGGAUGACCGUCGUUCAUAUGGUCGGCCUUCAGAUUCUUCAGCUUGGGGAAGACCUCCACGUGAAGAGUAUAGGGACCGGAGGCCGGAAGAAUUUGCUCGCCAUCCUACUGGAGAAAGGUACCGAGAAGAUUCGCGCGAAAGAUUCCCAGUAGAUAGGGACACUGGUCAACGCCGAUCAUGUUCGCCUGUUCGCAUACGUUCACCUGAAAGAUCUAGCGACCGGCCCUUGACGCCUGUACCAGAUAACGGUCGAACCUCAUCACCAGACCAUGGCGCUAAGAACAUCGCAUCCUCACGAGGUCAUCGUUCAAGUCCCAGCCAUUCAUCUAAUCAUGAAGAUCACAAUGGCGAAAAAGGAAACGGUCCCAUAAAGCUCAACCGUAACAGACAUCGCCCUUCCUUACCUUUAAAGCAUAUUUCUACACAACCACCCCGAUCUCCUUCUGCUCCUCCACCACCUCCGCCCCCUGAUCCGUCAACUGUUCCACCUUCUCCCACUGAACCGCCACCUCCAAUGCCAGGGAACCUUUCCCUGGAACAAACAGUCCCCCAUGCGCCAAACCCUCGUGCUCAGAUGGCGACUCGGCCUCCAUCACCAAAACGGGAAGAAGGAGAGAUAAGGCAGGAGACAGAAUCCGUAGUCUUCAAAUUCAAGUUAUGGACUGCAGAGGAGGAGUUGAAGGCAUUGGGCAAGAAUUUUGGAGGAUCGUCGACUUUGAUGAGGUACAAUAUGGGAACUAAGCUUGGUGAAGGGACCUUUGGAGUUGUAACGAAGGCCGUUGAGAAUGAUACAAAGAGAGCAGUUGCGCUGAAAAAAAUCACACAACAUAAUUUCCGUGAUGGGGCUCAUAUUACUACGCUGCGUGAAAUCAAGAUUUUGAAGAGCCUCCAACAUCCAAACGUUGUUCCGCUUUUAAAUAUGGUCAUAUCGCGACAUGACAACCAUUCUGAAAAUACCUUUAUUAAAAACGAGGUUUUCAUGGUCUUCCCAUAUAUGGAUCACGAUUUGUGCGGUUUGCUCAGCAACAACGACUUCAAGGUGAACCAUUCAGGAGCAAAGUGUAUCAUGAAACAGCUUCUCGAUGGGAUGGCAUAUAUCCAUUCCAACAACAUUAUCCAUCGAGAUAUCAAAACGGCCAAUAUCCUCGUUGAUAAGCACGGUCAAAUUAUGAUUGCCGACUUUGGUCUGGCGCGUCCAUGGACGGACAACAAGAAGAUGCCACCUCAUCUGGCGACCGAAUACACUAACAUGGUAGUCACGCGAUGGUACCGUGCGCCCGAACUUCUUUUGGGAUGGUGCAACUACGGUCCAGCGGUGGACAUUUGGUCAAUCGGCUGUGUGUUGGGAGAAAUGUACCUGCGUAGACCGAUUUUACCAGGUGGCGGGGAUAGAGAACAGUUGAGCAUGAUCUUUGCCAAAUGUGGCCCGUUGAAUGAAGAGACCUGGUCGGGGUGGCAAGAUUUACCUGGUUUCCCAGAAGCGCAUGGUUUCGCGUGGGAUAAGACACCGCGGGAUACGAGUAUUCUGGAGGAGAGCAAAUCGUGGCAUAUGGACCGUGGUGGAGCGGAUUUGUUGGUCAAGCUAUUAUCCCUCGAUCCGAGCAAGCGACCAACGGCGAGCGAGGCUCUUGAUCACCCUUGGUUCUGGGUCUCGCCCAAGCCGGCAGAAACCAUCAACCUUGACUUUGCAGCUUCACAUGAAAUGUCAGCUUGGCAUAAGCAACCCGCCGCUGCUCCAGUUCAACCGCCGCCGCAGAAGGCGUAUCAAACUCAACAAGCGUAUCAAUCUCAGCAAACGCAUCACGCUCAACAAAUUUACCAGCCUCAACAGCCAUAUGUUGCUUAUCAGUCUGGCUAUGGCAACCAGCAGCGCGGUCACGGCGGUUACCAACAACAAACCGCAAACGCAACCAGGCACAAUCUUGCAAUGAAUCCUUACGCAUCUUCGCAAGUAGGGAAUGCGCAAGGAUACAAUCAGCAACCGUACAUGCAAGCGCAAGGGGUAUCUAACAUGCCGCCUGGUGCAGAUGCUUAUGGUGGGAUAAACCCAUAUGGUGCGCCCGUUGCAUACAAUACAGCGUCUCUCCCUCCUCCCAAUAUGGCAUACAACGGGCAAUCAUCAUUCAACGGAGGAGGCGGUUUAACAGGCGGCGGGGGUCAACAGUAUUCUCUUCCACAUCAAUCAUAUCUUCCACCAGGCCCUCCACCAAUGAUGCACGGUAAUGUCAAUCGCCCUUCUCGACCGCCGCCUCCCACCAGCAGUGAAGGGCGGCCUCUAGCAGCAGCGCCUUUCCCGUUGGCAGGAGGAGGAGGAGGAGGAGGAGGAAUGAAAACUUUUGCGCCGCCGCCACCUUUCAGCUUGGCAGGUGGAGGUGGGGGUGGUAGAGGAGGGAUGCCACCCACGAUGAAGAGGCCUCCUUCGGAUAGUCGAAGGGAUUUUGGCGGGGACCAUAAAAGACAGAGAACAGAGGCGCCAUUACCUUAUGAUUGAUGGGAUCGCCGAGUAGGAUCGCAGAGUUGAAAUCAUCUAGCAUAAUAAAGUCAAAGCAUUAUUGUUGCAUUUUUGUGUGUUGUUUGGAUACGUAUCAUAUAGCACGACGUUAUUGUCCGUUGGCAAGCAUUUUGGAUGAUGAAAUGCAGCUUGUAUAUGAACUUUUUGUUCCCAGAUCCGAGAUUCCCCACCAGAUAAAUAUACGUAUAU